GGCAGCGCUGGGAGGAGGCGGUGGAGAAAGGGUUGGUUGGGGUUUUGGGGUUUUUAGGGUCGGGGGGGUGCCCAUGCCCGGCCGGCAGAGGCUCUGGCAGCCCCCGCAGCCCCCGCGGGUCGCCCCGCCAUGCACUGCCAGCCCCAGGCUCGGCUGGUGGCUCCCGGCCGUCCCAAGGCAGGCAGGAGGCGCUACAAGACCUUCAUGAUCGACGAGAUCCUUUCCAAGGAAACCUGCGAUUACUUCGAGAAACUUUCCCUCUAUUCCGUCUGUCCGUCCCUCCUCGUUCGGCCAAAACCUCUCCACUCCUGCGCCGGUUCCCCUUCUCUGAGGGCGUAUCCUCUCAUCUCCGUCAUCACCAGGCAGCCUUCCGUGGUCCCUCACCUGGUCCCAGCUGCCACCAGCUCCCGUGUGCUGCCAGCCCAGCCCUCCCCGGGGACCACAAGCUCCGAGACCCCCGCCAGUGAGGCUCAUGCCAGCAGCGAGUCGGAGGCAGAGCAGCCCGCACCGCGGUUAAAAAAGCCACGCCGGAGCAGGACCAUCUUCACCGAGCUCCAGCUGAUGGGCUUGGAGAAGAAGUUCCAGAAGCAGAAGUAUCUCUCUACCCCCGACAGGCUUGACUUGGCCCAGUCGUUGGGGCUGACUCAGCUCCAGGUGAAGACGUGGUACCAGAACCGUAGGAUGAAGUGGAAGAAAAUGGUUCUGAAAGGUGGACAGGAGGCUCCAACGAAGCCCAAAGGCCGGCCAAAGAAAAACUCCAUUCCCACCUCGGAGGAAAUCGAAGCGGAAGAGAAGAUGAACAGCCAGGCGCAGAGUCAGGAGGCAUCUCAAGCUCCUGAGGAGCCUAAAGUGACAGAGGAGAAGCCCGAAGUCUCUUUGGAGACAGAGAAGUCUCCAGAACAUAUACCAGAACCCUCCUCAGAGGAGACUACGCCAUUAAGUUAAAAGGGAAAGUGAGGAGGGAAAGGGCGGGGGGAGGAAAGAAAAGCAACAAAAAGAUAAGAGAAAAACCAAAACCAAAUAUAUAUAUGUAUAUAUAUAUAUUUAAAUAUGUAUGUAAUUGUGUGUGUGUACAUAUAUAUAUAAAUAUAUAUAUAUAUAUGUAGGCCUUGUGUAUAAGUCUAAAGAUUGGUCACUUUGUGCCUUUGGGAAUCAGCCAUCAUGGGCCACGGUGGAACAAAGACACCCCGUGGUGUCUCUCCUCGGGGCUGGAGAGAAACCACCUCUAGAAGCCUGAGACAGCUCCUGGCAAGGAAAAGAAGGUCCAGGGCUCCUUCCAUGCUGCGGGAGGCACAUGCGUGGUCUUAGGACUGCUCUGGAGGGUGCAGCGCGUUCGCUUGACUUUAUCCUUGCCUUUUAAAGUAGUGGAAAUGGAUGGAGAACUUGGUCUGGUCUCAGAUGGGGGACAGGUGAGAAAUGGGGAGCUCUGAUAGCACCAUUUCAUCGCGUAACCAGCACUUAUUUCUGCUAGGGAUGGGCCCAACUUUGGCAGUUUUAGGAAGGAGUCCAGACCCCUGGGUUUGCUUUGGCCUAGUGUAAAGGUCAAAGCUUCCGAAGCGAGAUUCAUACCCCGGGUCAGCGUUUGGAUUUCAGCUCCCGUGGUUGUUUGGGUGCCGUAUCCGUGAAUUUGCAGUGAUCCAGGACAAAAACUUUGAAUGGAACAAUGGGGGUUUGGAUUUGAGUCUGCUCCAAAAGCUUUGGGAUGCUUGGAUCUGGGAUUUUUGCUUUGGGCCCCCUUCUAAUUUUUGUAGGGUUUUUUUUUAAAGAACAUAUAAAUGUUUUCAGGGUUUGGGGAGAACGAUGGAUUUAAGAAGUUGCUGCAGAAAGUUCGCAUUUGUUUAAGAUGUGUGCCAAGAAUAGAUGUGCAUCAUGUUUCAUAAAGUCUUGUUAAGGGUGCAUUUUGCCCAAAGGCUGCAAGAGAUGUAUUAAGAUAACCUUUAUUUUUUAAUUAAAAAUUAAAUAUAUAAAUAAAACA